AUGAAUCUGCAACCAGUUGUGCAGUCCAGAUCUUCUGCCAAUGGGUUUAUUCCUCGCCGAAAUGAUGGAGAGAUGGGAUCACGGACGGACAGCAAAUCUCACAUAUUUCAGAUGACAAAGUCAUCUUAUGGUAGUGUUAAUAGUUCAGGCAUGCCCUACUUUCUUCCUCCAGAAUAAGUGCUUUCUUUAUCCUAAGAGUUUAAUUGUACAGGCCUUUCAAAUGGCGGGGAUACAGGAGGAUUCGGGGGUCCUUCACGUGAUCGGUUGAUUUUUGUUUCAACUUGUCUUAUUGGCCAUUCCGUGGAGGUUCAUGUGAAAAAUGGAUCUGUGCUGUCAGGAAUAUUCCAUACAAUAAAUGCUGAAAAGGAUUUUGGUAUGUGUAUGCCUGUUGAAGUAGUUUUUAUUGAUAUUUCUCUCUGGAAAUAUUGACCUUCAUUUUAGUAUCUGUGGUCCUUGCUCUUCAAUUCUUAUUUGAUAAUAUGCAGGAAUUGUUCUGAAAAUGGCCCGCAUAACAAAGGAUGGUUCUGUUAGAGGACCAAAGCCUGUGCCUGAAACUGUCAAGAAGCCUCAGACGAUGAUCAUUCCUGCCAGGGAACUUGUUCAAGUUAUUGCUAAGGUCCUACUGCGUUUUUUCAAUAGUUCACUUUCAUUUCGGUUCAUUGUUUUAUUUUAAAACUGUCGGAAUGAUAUGAAAAUACGUUUUGAUGCUGCAAUUUCGUUCUUGCUUGAUUUUUGCCGAGAAACACGGUAGUAUCACGUGUUUUACUUUUCAUUGAUUGGAUGAUUAGCAAGAGGCAGUUGGUUGUAUGCAUGGCCCUGACCUAGAUCCAUUCUUUUUCAAAAACUUCAGGGUAUAUCAUUAACAAAUGAUGGAUUCUCGAGUGGAAGUACCCACGAGAAACGCCAGGACUUCAUGACAGAUUCAGCAAUCUCUCAAUCUCGUCGUGUAGAUGUGGAGAGGGAGCUUGAAAGAUGGACGCCUGACAAAGAUGAUCCCCAGUGUCCAGAGCUGGAAAACAUAUUUGACAAGCACUGGAAUAGGUUACUUUGAAAUUCUUAAGUUUAGGACAGUAAUAGAUAUCCUCUGUUUUUAUGCUAGAUUUUAAGGAUUUUUGUUCAAAAGCUUAGUCUUUGCAUUGUUUAUCUGAAAGUUUUGCAAUUUUUAGAUUAUAUUACUUAUGAAUUUACUGUUCCUAUAUGUAAUCACUAUGUUGGUCUUGUAUUCUUUGAUGACGUGUAAUGAAGCCUCUGCUCUUUGCACUUAAGUUUUGAACAUGUACUUUUUAUAUACCUCGAUUGUGCUAUGUUGCCAUUUUUGAUAUUAACUUUUCCAUUUGGAGCAUGGUCAUGGGCUAAUGAAUUGCGGACCAAACUUAUUUUUCAUUUUCUUAAAUCAGAAGAUAUAUAAAUUUAAUAAUUCCAAGGUAGAAUCUGAAUUUUCUCUUCUUUUUUUUUUUGAUAGUGAAUCACCAGAUUAGUAAAGAGUGAAUAUGUUGUCGUGUGUGAUCCAUGAGCUCUUAUAGUUUUAAACGUAGCAGUUUAGCAAACCUGAAUAUUUAACAUUAUCUUCACCGCCUUGGCAUACCACAUAUAUUUAUCAAAGCCCUACCCAAUAUUGUUUCUUUGAUUUUCUUUUUUGCGCCACUUAUGAAAAUAAGGAAUUUCCAUGAAUCAUCUAUAUAAGUAAACUUAGAGGAUGUAAUUUUUUCAGAUUCUUAUCUGUUUUUAUUCUUGAAUUCCAAUGGAUAAGUUGCAUGACCUGCUCACUCUUGGAUAUGAUAAAAAAAAAAAUUAAUUUCUUUCACCCCCUCUUAUAUAGGAGCUGGAACCAGUUUGAAACAAAUGAGGCUCUGUUUGGAGUAAAGACUACUUUUAACGAGGAGCUCUACACAACCAAGCUUGAGAGAGGCCCUCAGAUGAGAGAACGGGAGAGAGAAGCUUUGAGAAUAGCUAGAGAAAUUGAGGGGGAAGAUACUAAAGAUUUACAUCUAGCUGAGGUGGCCUUAACAUCUUAAAAUUGAUUUUUUUUUAGUUCAAUUUCUUGAUAUUGGGACCUUAUCUUUUCAAUUUUAUGACAGGAAAGGGGCAUUCAUUUUAAUGAAGAUUUUGACUUUGACGAAGAGGCUAGGUUUUCAUCAGUGUAUAGGGGAAUUGGUGGUGAGAUGGACAGGGAAAACGAGGACAUAAUAUUGGAUGAUGUGAAUUCUGAAACAUUUGGUGGCUCAUUCAGAUACGGGACUAACCAGCAGUUUUCUGAGAUUUCUCAGAGGAAGAACAACGGAGCACAGGCCACGUCAAGCAGCUCAUCAAGGGUUUGUUUUUGUCCAUAUCUUUUUUUUCCAGAAUGGUUUUAUUUCUAUGAAGUGUCCUAUUCUCAGCUCGAUCAGCACUACUCAUUGCAUGUAUUUAUGGCUUCUAUGUGUAUAUUAUUUUAUAUUUUUGACAGUUGUGAUACAUAACGAUAUCCAGCUGAAUCUGGAGUGGCUUAUUCUGCAUUUGUACUAAGGUUAGGUUGAUCUGUGGGCUGUUCUAACCGAUCCAAGUUUGUAAACCCCACUAGUAAACACCGAUUCACCAAAACACUAUGAAUGAGUCCCGUUUAUGUAAAAUCAUUAAGCAAAUUAUAGUGUCAACUAGUACUGCAAAAAUCAUUAAACAAACAGUUCAAUGUCGAACCACUAAGAGUGAUGUGUCAAAAAAAUUCUAUAACUGUAUUGGACCUUUCAUUUGCCCCUACCGUAAAAUUGAGAAACUAUAACUUUUUUUAAUCUAUAUGAUGUGUAGGAUGAAGAUGGAUCUUCUUUAGAUGGUUUGGUCAAGGGUGUGCCUCGAUCUGAUACGACAGAUCAUGCUAGACAGCUGACGACAGAUGGUGGCCCAAAGACUCGUGAUAUUGAUGGGUCCGUGUUCAUAUUCCAAUUUCCCUAUUUGUGCCUUCUCUAUUUAAAAAAUUAUAUGCGCUUCUUGUGAUGGGGAAAUAUCCUCAUUGACUUUAAUUAAUGAAUGCUUCCAAAACUUCUCAUGGUUGAAUAUUUUCAGGUUAGAUGAGAAGCAGCUUGGAUAUCAAGGAGGAAGGAAUUUCGAAGAUGACCACACUGAGAAAUCUGUAAGUUGAUGUGGAGUAACAUUGAAAUUGUUUCGUAGUCCAUUAAACAUCUUUGUGAUGAUAUUUCAUCGAUGAGAUACUCAUGCAUGUAUUUUUCAUGGUUCCAUUUACUGUCUUUGUGACUCAGGCUUCUCAGGAUGCAGAAUCAUCGAAGUUUGAGGGUAAGUUUUAUCUCUGUUCUGGUUUUUGCUUAGCUCGAUAAAUUGCACUGUGGUUCUUUUUUAGUGCGUUUAAAGUUUACAAAAUUUUCUCCAACUUUUGAAGUUUUUUUUUAAUUUAAUACUCUCUUCAGGAUGACAGAAAGAAACUCUUAUAAAUACUUUUCUCCGCCUGAAGUUUGCUUUAAAAUCAAAAUAUGAUGGUGGCCGUUAGCUCAUCUUCAAUAAGAGGAUAAUAGAAAUGUAGUGUUCUGAAUUGAUCAUCUCAUUUUAGUGUCACUAGAUGGUAAGAAACACUUCUUAUCAUUGUUGUCAUUAGAAGCAUUAUCUGGUCAGUCUACUUUAGCAUUAUCUGAACACCAAUAGGGGUUCUGAUAAUUGGGCGAAGAGCUUGUUCUUGGUUAUGUGCCCUGAUUUGAACCGUCUACAAUGUGGUGUCACAUUAAACUAGUUAUUACAAUAUCUAGUCAGUUGUGCCGGAUUUUUUUCCUCUGGAAAGCAUCAUCUGGGCAAGGUCUUGAUAAGAAGGGAAGAAGAUGAAUUUACUGUAAGGAUUCAUGUAUCUUUCCCAGAGUAUUUAUAAACUGGUGCAAAUUUCUCACAAAAACAUCUACCACCUUUUAAGAGUCAUUGUUAUAUUGCUCCGUUUUAUGGACCUCCUACAGUCAUUGUUGCCACCACUUUUGAGCCUUUUUGUAUUCACCUUUACUUCACGAACGUACUUAUAUCAUGGAUAAUUACAUAUUCUGAUCUGAUUUUUAAGAGUUACUUAUGAAUAAGACUGCCCAUUAAAAUAAGUUCUAGGACGUAUCAUUCUUUGUUGGGAGUGUCUGCUGCAUGAUCUGGAAUGGAAUUGGUGUUUUAUUUACCAAUUUAAUGUGGGGUUUCAUUCUCACACUUUUUUUUCAAUUUUUUUCGAAAAGCGUGUCUGCUACAGUGGAAUGCCUUUCCUAGAAAAUGUUGUUAUCAGAAAUUAGUUAAGUUAAUUAUAGACCUUGCCUUGGGUAGCAUAAUGCGGAGCAGCCUGUAGUAGAGGCCUGUCAUGUUUUUCCCUUUUAUUCCCCUGUUGCUUUUGAUGGUAUGAUAUAUAAUGUUUUGCUUAUUUUUCUUCUCUUUUAUUCUUUUCUGGAGAUGUUCAUGUAGUAUCAACUUUCUAAUCUGGAAAAUUAUUUCUUUUGUAGAUACACUUCCAUCGUUAGAUACGGGGAAGUGCUCCAUCGAUAAAGGGGCUUUAUCUGCCAGUGCCACUGCUUAUUCUCCAUCUUCAGUUCAAGAAACGAAAGACUCUAAGAGUUCAUUUUCGGCCACUAACCAGCUUGCAAAUCCUCAAUUAAGACCCAGCAGUUCGACAUCAUCCUCUUCUGAAAAAUUAGUUGAAAUUUCAACGUCAAGUGGUCUGAACUUGCCUCCAAGCCCUUCAGCGGGAUUCUCAACUUCAGAAAAGUCUAUGUUGAAUCCUCACGCAAAGGUCUGGCUGAACUUAAAUCCAUAGUAUUUGAGUUUGCUUCAAUCAGUUUCUCGGACGAUUGCUGAUAUUUUUCCUUUUUGGGUGGUAUGAAUUCAGGAGUUUAAGCUCAAUCCCAACGCAAAGAGCUUUGUUCCAUCAUCUUCUAUUCGGCCCAAUUCACCAGUAACCGACAGUAGCUUCUAUUAUCCUCAAAAUCCCACUCUUUCACAGAUGCAUGGCCUACCUCUGGGCGUCAGUGUGAGAUUAUAUAUGCUUACUUAUUUAUGUUUCCUACGUCUCCUGCGACCCUUGUGAUCACAUUCCUGAAGUUCUAUUCCCAGUUUAUUUCUCUCUUAGAAAUUUGUAUGCCUUCAUGUUUAUUGAUCUCAAUUAUUACCAACGUCUUAACUUUGUUGAUUAUAUAGCUUAAGCCUAUCAGGUUAUCUUAAUACCUGUAAGUCAGCUUUUAUGGACAUCAUCCAUAUUUAUGUUCUCGCAAAAAAAAAAAUGGUUGGGGGUGGGGUAAGUAAUGUGUAAAACGCUUCAAAUAAAAUUUAUGCUAUUUCAUUCUUAUCCGGACCAGAACUUUACCCAACUGAUAGGGGGGAUUCAAACGCCAUUUCUGUACUUCAUCAUGAGGCUUGGAUGCUGGCAAGCUAAAACAUUCACCCAACAUAUCACAUGCGCAAUUGGACACCUUUUAACAUAUCACCUGCUUUCAGAAUGUUCGUUGAAACAUGAGGUGGAUAUUUAUUGGGUCGUAUCAUUGUGGACUCCCAAUCCUGGUUGUUUUUUUUUUUUUACUGUAUGUGGUCAUUUGGUUUGUUUGUGACGAGCGAUUGAUCAUGUGUUCUAUCCCGUAUUUUUGUCCACUGUGGAUGGACAAAGUUUCAGGCUGAAUGUGGAAAACUGGCUUUUAGUUUUUACCACAUAUUUCGCUGCACUUGAAAAAAAAUGCAAGUGAUGGUAUUUGGUAGAAAGUCACGGAAUCAUUGUUUAGUCUUGAAAUUAAAUGGUCUGUUGUCCGCAUGACAGAGAAGAGCGUAACCCAGUUUUUGCUCGUUCAUGGGGAUACGAUAUUGCAGUGAAAGAAGGAUAGGUCCAAGCAGACGUGCAACUUUGACCCUUAAGUGGUUAAUGUAAAAGCACCUGAUUUUUGUGAUCUUUUGUCUUUCUUAGUUUUGACUUAAGCAAUGGUUGUUCUUGUUGAUCUUAUGCUAAUGGUAACAUUGGUCUGUUUAACCAACCAAAAACUUUCAGUCAGCCUUAAAAAUUGCUUGAAGUGCAUUUAAAUAAAUGUUAAUGAGGGAGUAUCAUGUUCUUUAUAUUUCUAGAUAAAAGGGGUUGUACACCUUCAGAGCACUGAAAAAUUUCACGUGCGAUUUUUUUUCCCCUGCAUGAAGAUGGUGGAUACCAUCUUCGUCUGAGUAAAUCUACCUUGAAUCCGACGUUUGGAAGUGCUUUGUAUUUCUAACCACUUUACACUUAUUGUAUAUCUGGCUCCACGACUAGUAUCUCUCAUUUAGUGGUAUCUCUUUCCUUUCUACUUCUAGGCAUCAGAUUAUUUGUCAUAGCCACCGAAUUUCUCCAUGGUGACUAGUCUGUCAAAUCACUAUAUACGUUUUAUAUAGUGAUCUAAGCAGCCUUCAACAUUCUGUUUAUCGAUUGCCUGGUAUCUUAUUCUUCCUGAGGACAUCUUAGUGAAUUGUUUUGUAUUUUUGGCUUCCUUCAUUCGUUGUCAUGCCUCUUAGUUUCUAGUGCUAGUUUUAUUUUUCCCCGAGUACCACCUCUCUGUGCUGCGUGUCUUCCGCAUCAGACAUACUGACGUUUCCCUCUAUUUACACAAUUAUUUUUUAUUUUUUAUUCCAGAGUUUCUCUACUAGUUCCCAUCUAUUUUUUAGGUCUUUUCAGCUUUAGUGCUAUCUCCCCAAUCAGCCUGGCUGAAUUGAUAUUGGGUUUGUCAAAAUCUUUGUAACUUUUGAGAUCUCCCAUUCAGUACCUCUCUAAUCUGGAAACUUUGCUGUGUCUAUUCCUUUUCUUCUAAAAAGGGUAGAUUUAAAACACCUCUUAUGACGUUAACCAGUAAAAAAAUAAGGAAGUUGUUCGGUCCGGACUGAGAGGGGUGACAAAGCGAACUUGUUCUGAAGACUGUGGCAACAAUCAAAGUCACCAUUCCAAUCAGAUCGUGUUUCUUAUCCCGUCUUCUGCUAAAAAUAGUCGCAACAUCAAAGUCUCUCCUUAAGCUCCAUGUUUUCCAAGGUCUUUCGUUGUGUUCAAGCAGUUUCUCUCUAAGAGACUUCUACCAUUCUCUGGUUAAAUUGCCAUACAUAUCAGAUAGGUCUUGCAUAAACUAGUGUUCAAGUUCCCAAAGGAGAAAUACACAACAUGCCAGGCUACAUGUCAAAACUCGAUCACCUUCUCGAUUACAUCUUUUAUAUCGUUACAACCAUUGCAGGCUUGACUUUAGUUUGCCCAAUUCUUCUUACCAUCUUCCCUGUCUAUGUAUUUUGCCUCUUAUGGACGAUAGGCGAGUGAAGCAAUGCCCCUGGAAUUGUGUAUCUAGGAGAAGAUAAUAUCCUCUGAAGAACGAUUGCAAUGGAAAUAAUUUAGUACCUUUUCCUGGAUGCCGAGUAUAAUAUGUAACAAGACGAUCGGCCCAGACAACUCAGCAGAAACCCGUGCUAUUUCAUGAAGAAGAGAAAGAAUGAAACAUGAAUCGGCUGCAGUCUUCAAUUAUCUGAUUUUAAAUGUGAAUUGCCCUCGAAGAAAGGAAUUCUUGUGUGAUGGGAAUCAACGCUUCGAUAAUGCUCAUAUUAUGGAAUGCAACAGGAGAGUACAAUGAGCCCAUUUUCGUCAUCGUUAUUUAUGAAGCACCUAUAUGCUUGAGCUUACUAACCUGGCUGUUUUCGCGGGCCUAAUCACAUGCUUUUUGUUCGAGUCUGCUGGCUUUGUAGAGGGUAGGCAUGAGAGAGAUUGCUGAAAAUAGUUGUUAUCUAGGACCCACGUCUCUUUAGUACCUAAAUACCCUAUGCGAUAGAGACUUGUCUUAUGGUCCAUUCAAUGCUUUCUGCAGAUGGGGUCGACAUUUCCUGGGCAACAACCGGUUGUUUACAAUCCACAGGGUUUACAGAUGCAAACACCUCAGGGGUACAUCAGUCCUACUGGACCUCUGGUACUCUAUUUUUUUCUUAUUAUGUUUAGUCCUACUGUUCUUUCUACUGUUUAUGGAUUGAAAUGUGCUUUUACAUAAUAAGUGGUUUUGAAAAGAAAUUUCUUUUUUGGUAGUAUGGGCAACAGAUGAUUAUGGGUCAGCCUCGGCCAGUUUUCUACAUGCCAGGAUACCCACAAGUAAGUCUACCAAAACAAUUCUCUAUUCACUCGAUUAAUCAUCUUAAUGCCAUAUGAAAAACUGGAUUCCCGAUUCCUCAUUAUAUAUGCAUUCAUUAUACACAUGUACUAGAAAUAUAUGUUUUAUUUAUGAAAUGAUGUCGAUGCCUGGCCCAUGUGGACCCAUCAUUUCAUGGUAUCUGGGUUUGUUCCCCUAUGGACCCUGGCUAUGCGCAGAAAUAUAUGUUUUUUCUGGAGUUGGCCUGAAAACCAGGCAGUCUCUGGGGUCACCAGACCCAAACAAUCUCCGAAACUCUAAACAAUUAUUUUAUUUUAUUUUUUUGCAUCAUCUUUCAUGGGCUAAAACCAGGAAAAAAAAAAAAAGAAGAGGAGAAUUUACGUCUCUGUUUCUACCACACUUCUAUUUGAUGAUCUAAUCUUCCUUGUGUAUCCAGGAUAUGCCUUACAAAGGACGGGAAUUUUAA